UAAUCGACCUGUUCUGCCAGUCUCGCGCUCGCUAGAAUUUUCCCAGCCGAACAAUCCUAGUCUCACGUCUGGGUAACCCACGCCUCGCCCCCAAACACCCCCAACCCCCCCAACAUUGGCCGACACGUUUCGAGACACUGACCCACUCUAGCAACUGGACCUGCCAGAAUUGUCUCGCCGCCGACAACCCUCAGAAGAGACGACGUUAUCAUGACACGGCUUCAAUAUCAUCCUAUGCUACCAGCCUUAGCUCCACUUCUCUCCGACAGGCCAACCCGGAUACGGCAAUGCCUGGACCGGGAGGCUCCUUCACGCCAGACAGCAACGAUGCAGAUGUAGUCGUCGUGCAAUGUUCUUACCCGAAAUGCACGGCCGAGCCCAUGGCCAACGGUCCACUAUGCACCGUGCAUAUGAUGGACAUGACCAAACGGAGUCCGGCUUCCAAGUCCGAGCUAGCACGUCAAUCAUCCGCCCAGGCCACAAGGACGAAGCUUUCUGACCAUGAUCCUAACGGUGUGCUUCCAAUCAUGAGGAGGAAAACGGGAUCCGGGGGACAGCCCUUGAAUCCCGGCGGCACGUCCGUCUCGGGCAAACUGACUGGCUCGCCAACGUCGCACAAGGCACCUCCUCAGCGUCAGAAUAUCCACUCUCCUCCUGAUAGUCCUCCGCGGGAGACUGGCCCUGCAAGGAAGAAGAUUCGAGUCGCUCAAAAUCCACAUGAUCAUCACGCCGACCUGCAAAGCGGUCGACCUUUUGGGGUCACGCCCAGUGAAGUCACAGACGAGGAUAAGCCUGAACGACCGCGAGACAGGAAUGGACAGGUCGACACUGCCUCUUCCAGUACUGCCACCUUCCGAUACGGCAGGAGAAUUGGUACUGUAGGCAAUGACGCCAAGGACGCUACCAAGAGACUCUCCCGUCGCCAGGUGAUACGCAAAGCGGCACCGCAAUCCUUGGUUUUUAGCAUAGAACCCGUUGAGUCGACAAGGCAGGAAAAUAACUACCGAUCUGAGCAAGCCAGCUCGACCAGGCAGCCCAACUCUGAGGUAUCCGAGGCCAACGGGAUUGCAAGUAUGAAAAGGAUGGCAUCCCUUGAAGCGAGUCAAAGCGCGGCCAAAAACUUUGUUGGAAACAAAGCCCUGCGUGCCUGGUUUUCUCGGUAUCAUCACUCAUCGGGAUCGAUUAGCCAACAGGAUCAGAGAAAAGAUACAGCCCCUGAUACCCCGGCCAGUGAGCCGAUGAAUGGUCAUACUAAACAGGCUGGCGAAGACAAGGUGCCCCGUGGUUUUUCAAAGCCCACCGCCGCUGGAUCCGGGAGAAGGCAGGAGAGUCAGGAGCCGACUCUAAACCCCCCCGCGGCGAGGAAGCCGACAAUGAGACGACUCGAGGAGCAGGAGCCCGAGCCAAGGCGUAAAUUGCAAGAGCCGGCGGUCCAACAUGCACCAAAAACGGUCGAUGAGUCGAGUUUUGAUGUUCUUAUAUAUCGCCAGGAAGAUGCAUCUGCGCCACCGCGCGGUGUGCAAAUCCCAAAACUAGACGCUCCACCAAGCUUCCAACCGCCAGAUGAGCCGUAUUAUGCUCAUAUUGACCCCAGGCUGCAUUGGCCGCAGCAGCACUCAGAACGGUGGCGUAAAGCGAAACAGGAGGAGAUACAAGCGCGAGGUGGGCGGAAGGCCAACUUUGGAACAGCCAAAGUCCGCAUGAGAGAACAACGGCUGCGGGAAGGCCCGGCCGAAUUCGAGGAUCAGCUUCCCGACCGUAUCCGGGAGGAUCCAGCUUGGGUACGCGCUCUUAAAGCGCUGCACGAGACUGAGAAUGAGGCGUCGCAGAAGGGGAAGAAACCGAUAAGGCAGGGGCUAAGACGACAACCGUCAACGAAUGGGGCCGGAGUCCCAAGGAAAUAGGGGUGCGGUAUAUGUCCUAAAGGCCCGGGUCGGAGACUUCUGGAGACGGGGAGCGAUGAGAUAUGAGGGAAUGGGCAUGGGCAUGGGUUUAUGACGCACCGGUUUCCUGGGGCUACAACCUGGACACAAUGGGAGCCGUGUCAGGGUUAGGCAUAAAUCAUUCAAUCUGUAAUACGCUC